AACGCCGUUAGAGAACUCAAUGCCUGAGCAGCUUCAGGUGGCAUAAGAAGUCAAAACCUAGGUCUCCAUCUCUAUCUGAAAGCCCAAGAAAAUUUGCAGCUGCCUCUCUCUUUCCUCUCUCCUCUCCGACAGGUAAAAUGCAAGGAGCACUUAAAGCUUUUACGUCACACGGAAGCAUUGUGAAAAAUGGAGUUUUGAGACACAUCCGUCUUGUGAAUCCCCUGCUUCAGCCUGUUGCAUUUUCACGCUUUGAGUCUGCUACGCCUGCCAGUUCCCGCAUCGAAGAGCAUGGUUUUGAAAGCACCAGAAUUGCAGAUGUCUUGAAAGGAAAAGGUAAAGGUGCUGAUGGUUCUUGGCUCUGGUGCACAACCGAUGACUCUGUUUAUGAUGCUGUUAAAUCGAUGACCCAGCACAAUGUUGGAGCCUUGGUUGUUGUGAAACCCGGAGUGCAAAAGUCUCUUGCAGGAAUCAUAACAGAGAGAGAUUAUCUCAGGAAGAUCAUAGUUCAGGGAAGAUCAUCCAAGUCAACAAAGGUUGGGGAUAUCAUGACUGAGGAGAACAAGCUUAUCACUGUCACCCCUGACACCAAAGUUUUGCGGGCAAUGCAACUUAUGACGGAUAACCGAAUCAGGCACAUUCCAGUAAUAGACAACGGGGGAAUGAUUGGAAUGGUGUCCAUCGGUGACGUGGUUCGUGCUGUGGUGAGUGAGCACCGGGAGGAGCUAGACCGCUUGAAUGCUUUUAUUCAAGGUGGUUACUAGAUAAUGAUGAUGACGAAGACGUGAGACGCUGUUUUAGUUGACAUGCCGGAAUGACAAGCAGAAAUAAGCCCGAGCGCUUGUAUGUAUUGUGUGUUCGUUUGUGCAUCUCCGGUUGUUGUUGUUGUUUGGUUCUGUACUUCCAAUCACUGUCUAAUUACAAACCUGUGGGACUGUCAAGUACCUAACAAUAAGCAGUGUACGUUCUGUUUUUGCUUAAA